UUUUCUCGCAAGACGACAAUGUUAACGAACGUCCUACGACGUCCGCAAGGCCUAUCUAAGUUUUACUCAACACAAAAUAGGUCGUUUGUUCCUCCUGCGUCUCUAAAUCAUUUUGAUUUUCGCCAACGUCAACGCGAAAAGCCACGUCCUACGACUCCAACGUUUUAUACCGCUCGUCCCGAGUUCUACGACCAGCUCUCGUCAUUGGAGUCGGCCCUCCAGCAUGCCAAAACAGCGCUCACAACAUGUCAUCUCCUCCCCCUUCCCAAGUUUGCUCGGGAGGCCCUCCCACCGCGUGUCAACGCUUGGGUUGACAAGCGAGAACUCGCCCUGAAGCUGAGAAGCACCCUCACGACGAGCCGCUACAGACGGGUAGUUCUCGUGCUCAACGAGCUCGAGACCUAUAGGUCCAUUUCGGAGAAGGCUGGGAUUAUAGAGUUGCAGGAAGGUAUCGGAGCUAUCACAGAGCUAUUCGAGCGCGCAGACGCCGCGACGAUGCUCGCGAGGGGAAAGACCAAACCCGUCAAGCUCGACGAGUAUGGGCGAAGUUACACGCUUGGGAAGCGGAAGACGAGCUCCGCACGAGUGUGGAUCGUGCCCGUGCAACAACCUCCCGCAGACAAAUCCACCGCCUCCCUCUCCAUACCAGCAGCAACAGAAACAGACUCCGCGCUUACGGCCCUUCUUAACCCUAAUUCCUCGUCGAAGAGCAAUGAGCCUGUAUCCGUCGCUCAGAUCCUCGUGAACAACACUCCCCUCUCGACUUAUUUCCCUAUUCCUGCUGAUCGUGCUCGCGUGAUUCACCCAAUCAAACUCGCUGGUUUAUUGGGCGCAUAUAAUAUCUUCGCCAUCGUACGCGGCGGAGGUACAUCAGGACAGAGCGGUGCGCUCGCGCAUGGUAUCGCCAAGGGCAUAGCUGCUCAUGAUCCAGCCGCCGCAACGAUUUUGAAGAAAGCGAAACUUCUGCGUCGCGAUCCACGUAUGGUCGAGCGCAAAAAACCUGGUCUUGCGAAGGCACGCAAGCGGUAUGCUUGGGUCAAGCGGUAGCUAUUCUCAGUGUGUUGCGCAGUGCCUAUGUCUCGUUCCAUUGCUUUUAUUGUGUCACCAAUGCUCCAUCAGUUUGACAAUUCUGCAUGAAGUACAUAAGUGAAUGUUGUCUAGAUGUUUUCACCUCCAUCGCUUGAUACGACAACGGGAGGUCAUCGCUUAGGACACUAACCAAGAUGAUUCUUCGUGGAGUCGGAGAGGUCAAGAUAUUCAGUGACACCUCCGAGUCAGGCUGUCAGCCACACACCUCUCAGAUGGUUCUCAAAUUUCAAUCAUCCUCUGGACAUAGUAGCGCACCAAUUGAGCCUCAAUCGUUGGUUCGUUAUAAACCGGUUCCGUCUCGCUGUGUAG